GUUCGUUUUGGACCCUAAAAUUCAUAUGCGAAACUGUGGAAUGUAUCAAAACAGGGAAAUGCCUUUAGAUUUCUUUAGUGAUUUAGGUUCACGAGUCGUAUUUUUGUGGUUUGUCAUGUAUCUUCAUGUUUCACUUGAUGUUAACUGUUGAAUGUUGAUGGAUGCAAUUAGAUUGUUAGUUCUUGAUGAUGCUUUAGUGACGGUUAGUCAUAGAAAAAUAUUAGAGCAUACUCAUAAUUGAUUUUGGUGCUUGAACUCAUGUGCCCCAAGGAAGUAACUUGAAGUCUAUAAACAAUACUACUGGUAAUGAAUCAGAAAAACCGCAACCUCGGUAUAUGAAACUGCAGAAGAUGAGUAGCAAAGAGACUCCUUGGGUGGAAAAGACUGUUGACCCUGUGAAUCAUAAUCUUAGAUUAGCACGAGUUACUGAUUUGCUUCGUACCGUGGUAGACCACCAACCCGGCAAAAAGACGCAUUGUCUUAACCUGCAUUAUAAACUCAAGAGAAAAGAACUUACAAUGGAAGAGUUCAUGCGACAACUGAGAGAUCUUGUAGGUGAUCAGAUAAUCAGAUCGGUAAUUAGCCAACUGCCUCAGUUAAAACCGGGAAAUAUGGGGAUCAAAGUACCUGGACGCUCAAACCAUGACAAAGUGUCUAAAUCUGCUGAAUUCACUGCUCAAGAAUCUGAUCCUCGUGAAGUUCAUGUUAACCAACUGUCUUCUACAACUUCAGGCACCUUAAACAGUUCAACUACUGUGCAGGGAUUAAAUAAGCAUCCCGAGCAACACAUGCAGCUUCCAUCAAGUUCUUUUCAUAUGGAUACCAAAUCUGGAAGUCUUAAUCCAUACCCAGGGACAAAUGUCACUUCUCCUGGUUCAUCAUCGAGAGCAAAGCUCCCUGAUUUCCAGCAUAGGGAAAACAAUCAGAAUGUGGGAAUAGCCAGUGUUGGAGGACCAACCAAGUCUACAAUAAACAUGACGACAGUACCCAAGUUUGAGAGGCCAACUUUUGUAAAUGGUCCAAGUAGGGUUCAGGAUGGUCCUAUAUCCGACUUCCCAAAGAACUCAUCCUUUCCUCUAUAUUCUGCUCCUUGGCAAGGAUCAGUCACCAAGGACCAUACAGUGGGACCUUCUUCAUCAGUGAUCCAUGUGGAGCAUAAAUUGAUUGAUCAAAGUUUUGAACAGGCACAUAAACCUCGUUAUUUGGUGCAGCAAGGCGUGACUAAUGUUCCACUGAAACAGAAGAAUGCUAUUCCAAUUAGUUCAAAUGAUGACUUGGAGAAGCAGUCUUCUAAAAUGGGUUUAUUCACAUCAACCACUUCUGCCAGCUCUGUUUUUCCUUCAAUGACAACACAGCUGGACUCUAGCACGAUGGUUAAUAUGCCUGCCCCAUCUGAGACCAUUCCCAAGAUUGCUAAUGUUACGGUGACACCCAAAAUGCCUUCUGUUGGUCAGAAGAAACCUCUUGAGGCACUAGGUUCUUCGCUGCCACCAUCAAGAAAGAAGCAAAAAAUAUGUGGGACUUCUUCAGAUGAAAGUAUUGAAAAGUUUAAUGAUGUCACUGCAGUCAGUGGCAUCAAUCUCAGGGAAGAGGAAAAACAAUUAUUAGAUUCUGGUCCUAAAAAGAACGAUCGUGUUUCUAAAGCAUAUCGAAGACUUGUGCAUGGAGAGGAAGAAAGAACGCUUUUGCAGAAAAUUCCACUGCAGAGAAAGCUGACAGAAAUUAUGGGAAAAAGUGGUUUAAAGCAUAUAGACCAUGAUGUAGAGCGGUGCUUGUCUCUGUGUGUGGAGGAGAGGAUGCGAGGACUACUGUUUAAUAUAAUACGAAUAUCAAAGCAGCGGACUGAUGCAGAGAAGUGUAGAAAUCGGACUUUUAUCACAUCUGAUAUCCGGAAAGAAAUUAAUGAAAUGAAUCAGAAGGUGAAAGAGGAAUGGGAAAAGAAACAUUCUGGAGAAGAAAAGAACAAAGAAAAUGAUACUGAAAAAGAAGACCAACGUUCAAACGAAGUGAAGGUAUUUAGAACUUGAGCCAACUACCUAAACCUUUGGAGAUAUACACAUACGUACACUGAAAGAGGUUUAUUGAUCACAAGUCAGGCAAAUAAGAAGGACGAAGAUAAAGAGAGAGCCAAGGCUGCAAAUGUUGCUGUUCGUGCAGCCGUUGGAGGAGAUGAUAGGUUUUCAAAAUGGAAACUUAUGGCUGAAGCACGUCAGAGAUCUUCUCCAGGGCCAGGAAGAAACUCCAAGAAACUUUCUGGUGGUACACAAUUUGGGAAGAACCAAGGUUUACCAAAAGUAGUCCGGUCAAUCUCUGUGAAGGAUGUGAUCGCUGUGGUGGAAAAGGAGCCUCAGAUGUCAAGAUCGACGCUAUUGUAUCGCGUAUACAAUAGAAUCUGCUCGGAUGUUUGAAACCAAGAAAAGACAUAGGACCAAUUCUUUAUUUUUUUUUGUAGAAAGGUUCUUAUUCCAUUAAAACUAAUGCCAUUACAAACUCCUAAACAUGAUCAAGAUGCUAAAGUACAUCCUUAUUUCUUCUUCCUUUCACUACCUAAAGCAAGCUGCAUGUUUUUUCUAGUUUUUGCCUGAUCCCUUCGUGCUGACUCCGCCGUGUCCAUAUCCUCCUCCACCACCACCGCCUCCGCUGCAUGAACCUCCGCAUCCUCCACCACCACCGCCAAUGAUGACUCCACCACCAAUACCUCCUCCACCACCAAUACCUCCUCCACCUGACCCGUAUCCUGGACCACCACCUCCGUUGCCUCCAUCCCAACCCAAACCACCACCUGAACCAUACCCGGCACCUCCACCAAAUCCACCACCGAUUACAACACCACCACCGCCGCCACCUGGACCGUAUCCACCACCACCAUAUCCCGGGCCUCCACCGCCGUAGCCACCAGCUGUGAGUUCACCCUUAAAUCCGGUUACGUGUCGGAUACUCUUUCCAAUCUCACUGGAGUGUGCUUCAUUCCUCAUGAGCUUACUCUCUCUUCCAAUCUCACUCGAGCGUGCUUUAUUCCUCAUGGACGCACUUUCUCUUCCAAUCUCAGUGGAGUGUUUUUCAUUCCUCAUGAGCUUACUUUCUCUUCCAAUCCCACUGGAGUGUGCUUCCUUCCUCAUGGAGGCACCUUCUCUUGCAGCCUCGGCAAUCAUAUGACCGAUGAGACAAAGAUACGAGGAAACAAGAAACCACAAGAUCACUCUAGCCAUGAUGGCUGCUUAGUGACACAAUUUGUUUGCUUAGAAUCUGAAAAAGGAAGUAAAAGGACUUGUG